AUGGAAGUAAAACAAGAAUAUAGUGAGACAUGUCAAGUAGAAAUAGACUAUAACGACUUAAAUGAUCCUCUUCUGGAUGGUUUUAAAUGUGAAAUUAAGGAGGAAUCUAAUCAAGAAAGUACAGAUAAUAUGUUUGAUAGUUUAGCCCUAAAGGAAUUUCCCGUAAAAACUAAAAUCGAACAAGAUGGAAAUAAACUUACCUCAUUUAAAGCAAAACAAAAAACUAAAGAAGCAAUGCCCUACUUUCAUAUGCCCUUAAAAUUUUCUAUUUCAAAAUUAGUGCCAUUAUUGCUUUAUACAAGGGAGGACAAAGAAAUUUUAAUAGUAAUUUUAAAGAAGUAUCCGAUAAUUGAAAAUAAAAAUACAAAUGCUACUACAAUAAAGAAAAAAUCGGAAGCUUGGAAUGCAGUUAUGCACGAUUAUAAUACUGUGAGAACUGAAAUAAGCACUGUUACGCAGCUUAAAUGUUGCUGGGAUAAAAUAAAAAGACAGAAAAAAAUGGAAUUAUCCAAAGAAAGGCAAAAUCGCAUGUCUACAGGUGGAGGAGGAGGAAUUCCAGAUAUAAAUAUUUUGCCAGAUGUAGAGGUAAUUGCCACCCAUUUGUCAGAGGAAGUAACAAAUUUAGUGAAUAGCGAUGCCCAGUAUAUGGGAAAUAAACUUUGUUCAGGAAGUAGAAGCUCUUUGUUUCGGAAUAAUCCUGUUGCAAGCUGUGAUAUGGUUAUGGUAAAAGGUAAUAUACAAUAUGAUACUUAAAAUGUGAAUCUAAUUUUAUUAUGUUUUUAGAAACUCCCUCGACAAGUAUACUGAACGAGGAAAUUUUGUCUCUGAGUAAUCUCUUGUAACUACAUUAUUAUGUUUGUUUUUAGCAAACACUAGUGUAACACCCCAAAGAAAACAAAAAUCUGCUGUGGACAGGCUCAUGGAG